AUGACUUCAGUAGAUGAAGAAUUAGCGGAACAGUACGCCGGGUGUAUAGACACAGAACCUGAACAGGUCGAUGAACUAAAUGGAGAAGUGAAUGUGCAGAUUACAGACAAUGAUACGAGGAAUGAUGAGGAGAGACAAAUGAUAAAGGACAUAUUGGAAAUUAUGAGAAGCGGACAGGUGUGGAAUGGUGCUGGUUUUAAGAGAGUUGACAGGAAAGUGCUGACAGAAUGGACGAAGAAGGUGAAUAGAGUAGUUUCAGAGAUACAAACUACCAAUAUAACUGACACCAAUAAAUCGCUAUUGUGAUCUACAUAGCAAGACAAGUUGGGCUCAAAAUGGGUGGCUGCGAGGGAAAAGGAAGCAAAGAACCUCGGCGGAAAAGGAGAAUCAAAGACUCUAUUGCAGAGACUGCAGGCUAAAGCUGCAGAGUUGAAAAGGUAUGAAUUCAUCGGUAUAAAGUAAACAGAUUGUUCCAGCAAGACCAAAAGAGGGUGUAUCAACAAAUGAAUGGAACAUCUAGUAGCUUCAGUGCAGUUAGACCCGAUGCUGAGGAAAGCCAACAGUUUUGGAGAGACAUAUGGGGUAAUGAAGUUUUACACAAUCAAAAUUCAGAAUGGUUAAAAGAAUUGAAAAAGGAAAGAGCAGAAGCUAGACAGGAGGACAUUGUAAUAACAGCUGAAAUUGUGACAGCAAGGUCGAAGAAGAUCUCCAAUUGGAAGGCACCUGGCCCUGAUAGCGUCAAAGGCUACUGGAUCAAGAAAUUGACAGCAUUACAUGAACGAAUGGCUGACCACAUGAAUGAAAUGAUCAACAACAGGGUCGCCAUACCUGUAUAA